AUGACGAAUGAUAUAACAAAGAAUAAGUCUAUUGGAUAAUAUCUAUUUGGUAAGUAAUAAAUAAAUAAACAAGGAAAAACAUUGGGUGAGGGUACAUUUGGCAAAGUUAAAUUAGCAACUCACAUAUUGACAGGAGAAAAAGUAGCUAUAAAAAUCUUGGAGAAGUCAAAGAUUGCUGAUGCUUCUGAUAUAGAAAGAGUAACCAGAGAGAUUCAAAUUUUGAAAUAAGUUCGUCAUCCUAAUUUAGUACAAUUAUAUGAAGUAUUUUUGGGUUCUUAUCAGAUAAUAGAAACACCUAAAUAAUUAUUUUUAGUUAUGGAAUAUGUUAAUGGAGGAGAACUUUUUGAUUAUAUCGUAAAAAAUUAAAGAAUAAAAGAUGUUGAGGCUGUUCGAUUUUAUAGUUAGUUAAUAUCUGGAAUAGAGUAUUUGCACAAAUUGCAUAUUGUACAUAGAGAUUUAAAGCCAGAAAAUUUGAUUCUUGAUGGCAGAGGUAAAAUUAAGAUUAUUGAUUUUGGAUUAUCUAAUUUCUAUAAAUAAGAUGACUUAUUAAAAACAGCUUGUGGAUCACCUUGUUAUGCUGCUCCAGAAAUGAUUGCUGGAAAAAGAUAUUAAGGACUUUAAGUAGAUAUAUGGAGUUCUGGAAUUAUACUUUUUGCAAUGUUGGCAGGGUAUCUUCCUUUUGAAGAUUCAAAUACAACUCAAUUGUAUAAGAAAAUAGUAUCUGGGGAUUUUAAGUUUCCUAAAUACAUAACUAAUGAGGCAAAAGAUCUGAUUAAAAAUAUUUUAAAUACUGAUCCAUAAAAAAGAUAUACAAUUCUUGAAAUUAGAAAACAUAGUUGGUUUAAUUUUUGUAUAAUCUUUAUUUUAUCAAGUUUUCUAAAGACAACUAAAAGAUACCAACUGGAUUAAUUAUUGGUUAUCAUAAGAUUCCAAUUGAUCCAGAAAUUAUAAAAUAAUUAGUUCAUUAUGGAAUCUCAAUAGAAUAUGCUGAGAAAUGUAUAGAAACUAAUAGACACAAUAAUGUUACAACUGCUUAUUAUCUUCUACUCAAAAGGUAUUUAAUGGCUGGCAAUAAAUCAAUUGCAGGUUCUAAUUUCUAUUAAAACUUUAGAUAUAAGUUCUGAAUUAUUUGAAGCCUAACGCAUUUCCAUUAGAUAAUCGACUUAAACGGAAAGAAAAUAAAGUAAACCUUCUAAUCCAUUGCCAUUCAUAUAAAUAAAAAGUAUAUAUAUAUAUAUUAAUCAAUAGGUCGACAUAAUAAUACUUUGUAAACAGAUGAUUCUCCAAUAGAUACAAAACCAAGAUUGAACAACUCAGUUAAUACUUAAAAUUCCAUCUUAUAGUAAUCUCCUAUUAAUUUGAAUCAUUCAGUUGAAAUUCGUAGGAGGAUAAAUUUAGAUUUAUAAAAAACUACUGCGGUAGAAGUAAAUCAAUUAUAACCAUAAAAUGAUAUCAAAGUUUUAAAAUUAAAGACUCCUUUCAGCAGAAAUUAUAUAUUAUAAGAAUAUUAUGGCAGAUUUCCUAGAAAAUCAAGAAAUUAAGAUAGAUAAUCUUCAGCUGACAAAGAAUAGACUUAUUUUAAAACAUUUUAUAAAGGAACUUCUGUUCCUAAAAAAUGA